CCAAAGAUGCUGACCAGAAAGAUAAAACUCUGGGAUAUCAACGCUCAUAUCACAUGUCGCUUGUGCAAUGGUUACCUUAUCGAUGCCACUACUGUGACAGAGUGCUUACAUACCUUUUGCAGAAGUUGUUUGGUGAAGUAUUUGGAAGAGAAUAACACAUGUCCAACAUGCAGAAUUGUAAUCCACCAGAGCCAUCCUCUGCAGUAUAUAGGCCACGACCGAACAAUGCAAGAUAUUGUUUACAAACUGGUGCCGGGUCUUCAAGAAGCGGAAAUCCGAAAACAAAGAGAAUUCUAUCACAAGCUUGGAAUGGAAGUGCCUGGUGAUAUCAAAGGGGAAACGUGUACAGUUAAACAGAAUGUAGAAGCCGUUAGGAAUGGUGAAACAAAAGCAGAAGAUAAUUCAACUAAAGAGUCAACAGAGGAAAAACAAGAGGAUGACCAUGACUACCACAGGAGUGAUGAGCAGGUCAGUAUAUGCUUAGAAUGCAAUAGCAGUAAGUUGCGUGGACUCAAGCGAAAAUGGAUACGCUGUUCAGCCCAAGCGACAGUCUUGCAUCUAAAAAAGUUCAUAGCCAAAAAGCUCAAUUUGUCGUCGUUCAAUGAGUUGGAUAUCUUAUGCAAUGAAGAAAUUCUGGGCAAGGAUCACACGCUUAAGUUUGUUGUUGUUACAAGAUGGAGAUUUAAGAAAGCACCACUCCUCCUGCAUUACAGACCGAAAAUGGACUUGCUGUAACGGAAAUUGAGUGUCCUCUGUGGACGAAGUUUUUGCAGAGACUAUCACGGGCACCUCCAUAGUGCACCACAUUGCUCACGACAUGUGACCUGAACCAGCGGACUCAAGCCAGAAGAUUGUAGCGCUCACAGGAGAACCUCUUCAGUUACACAAACACAGUUAUCAGAGUCCUGGACAGGAGGAUAUUUCUACUUUUUCUACAAGAGAUAAUUUUUCACAACUCAAGACAGUACCAGCAUGACUUUUACAAAUCUCAAACACUUUUCAUGGAUAUUCAUGUAUUUGCUGCAAACUACAUCCCAGUUGGUUUUUUGAGAUGUGUUGAUCUUCAUAUAUAUAAAUAAAUAUAUAUCUAUAUAUCUAAUAGAUAAGAAAAAAAAGAUUGACACCAAAUUACCUUAGGUUGCUGUUUAAUUGUGAAACGGUUUUAUAAAUCAUUUACAAUUAAAGUCCACUUUCACGUUUAUUUUGUAGGUUAAAAAUAAACAGUCUGUUUUUAGGCUUAUAGCCCAGGACCGUACUCUGAGCCAAAAUAACAACACGUUAAAAGAAAGGAUAGACAGGAUUGUGAUUGUGCUAUUCCCUGAGUUCAUUGAUGGGGAGAACUUCUAGAGAUGAGAUUUUGUUUGGUAAAUGAUCAGAGAUGCCUAAUAUGCAGUGC